GGGCCAACCUCCAAGUGGGAACUACAAUUCCCAGCUGCCUCUGCAGACGCGGGUCGCGGCCACGACGCGCCUGCGCAGUGGCGGAGGCUCAGGCUAUACGGUUCCCGCCAAUUCUUGCUGUAAUCUCGCCUGGGUUGAGUUCCGCGCUCCAUGGAGACGUUUGACCCCGCCGAGCUGCCCGAGCUGCUUAAGCUUUAUUACCGGAGGCUCUUUCCCUACGCCCAGUACUAUCGCUGGCUCAACUAUGGCGGAGUGGUAAAGAAUUACUUUCAACACCGUGAAUUUUCAUUCACAUUGAAAGAUGAUAUUUACAUUCGCUACCAGUCCUUCAACAACCAGAGUGAUCUGGAAAAGGAGAUGCAGAAAAUGAAUCCAUACAAGAUUGAUAUAGGCGCAGUAUAUUCCCACAGACCCAAUCAACACAAUACAGUGAAGCUGGGAGCUUUCCAGGCUCAGGAAAAAGAACUGGUGUUUGACAUUGACAUGACAGACUACGACGAUGUGAGGAGAUGUUGUAGUUCUGCAGACAUAUGUUCUAAGUGCUGGACCCUCAUGACCAUGGCCAUACGCAUCAUCGACCGAGCAUUAAAGGAGGACUUUGGAUUUAAGCAUCGACUCUGGGUAUAUUCUGGAAGGAGAGGUGUUCAUUGUUGGGUCUGUGAUGAAUCAGUUAGAAAAUUAUCCUCCGCAGUACGUUCUGGGAUAGUUGAGUAUUUGAGUCUUGUAAAGGGUGGUCAAGAUGUUAAAAAGAAAGUUCACCUAAGUGAAAAUGUUCAUCCUUUUGUCAGGAAAUCUAUAAACAUAAUAAAAAAAUACUUCGAAGGAUAUGCCUUGGUGGGUCAAGAUAUUCUUGAAAAUAAAGAAAACUGGGAUAAGAUUUUAGCCCUUGUUCCUGAAACAAUUCAUGGUGAACUUCAACAAAGCUUCCAAAAGCAUCACAAUUCACUUCAGCGUUGGGAGGAAUUGAAGAAAGCCAGCAGCAGAUGUCAGAAUAACAUCAAAAAUGACAAAUGUGGACCCUGGCUUGAGUGGGAGAUCAUGCUCCAGUACUGUUUUCCACGGCUGGAUAUCAAUGUUAGCAAAGGAAUCAAUCAUUUACUGAAGAGCCCUUUCAGUGUUCAUCCAAAAACAGGUCGCAUUUCUGUGCCUAUUGAUUUACGGAAAGUGGAUCAGUUUGAUCCAUUUGCUGUUCCAACCAUAAGCUCCAUCUGCCAUGAAUUGGAUGCCAUUUCCACUAAUGAAGAGGAAAAAGAGGAGAACGAAGCUGAAUCUGAUAUCAAACAUAGAACCAGAGAUUAUAAGAAGACCAGUCUAGCUCCUUAUGUAAAAGUUUUUGAACAGUUUCUUGAAAACCUGGAUAAAUCCCGAAAAGGAGAACUUCUCAAGAAGAGUGAUUUACAAAAAGAGUUCUGAAGAUAACUCCCCUCAAACUAAUGUGGAUAUCUUCUACUUUCAACCAAGAAUCAAAUACUUCAAGAGUCAUUUAAUAAAUAUGGCAGAACCAUG